UGUGAAGGUGUUGGAUCUGCUGUUUGGCUGUAAUUUUGUUUUGAUUGCAUUGCCCCCACCCCCACCCACCUUGUGAAAAAAUGUGGAAAAAAACUGAAUAUCGCACGUAACAAAACCAUGUCAGGAGGAUUUAUUAGAGAGAUCAACCAGGAAAGAAUCCAGGCAUGUGUUGCUUAUGAUGUGCCAACAGGAAGGCUGCAAGUCUUAUGCAUGAAAAUCACAUGCUUUUCUUCUAUUUUUUCGUAACUUAAAAAAAUUUCCUAAUGUCCACUUUCCGCCUUCGGUCUCAACGCUAUCAGUCAUGGUAGAGUUUCAUUCAAAAUCAAAAGACGGGUUAAAACAACAGAUACCGUAAUGGAGGAGCUAGAUCCAGAGGAACAGUUCCUCCAGGAUGCCAGAAAUGGAAACCUGGAAGGGAUUCAGAAGCUUUUGAUGUCCAAAAUAAAGGACGAAACAAAAAUUGACAUCAAUUGUAAAGGCAAGAAUAGGUCAAAUUUUGGCUGGACUCCUCUUCAUCUAGCCUGUUAUUUUGGGCACAAAGAUGUUGUAGAAGAAUUGCUGAAGGCUGGAGCAGAUGCAAAUUUGACAAACAAUGUUGGAGACACACCGCUCCAUAAAGCAGCCUUCACAGGGAGAAAGGAAGUAGUCAUGUUGCUUCUUCAGUAUGAUGCUUGUGCUUCAGUCAUAAAUGGAACAGCACAGAUUCCUAAAGAUAUUACCCAUAACGAGGAGAUCAGAAGCAUGUUGGAGGCUGCCGAGCGGACCGAGGAGAGAAAACUGGCGGAGCAGCUGUUGGAAUCGGCGCGAGAAGGGGCCACAACCACCCUCUUAAAACUGCUAAAUGGGGAAAAACCUCCCAACAUCAACUGUACGGACCUUCUCGGCAACACACCUCUGCACUGUGCUGCUUACAGGGGCCAGAAACAGUGCGCAGUUAAACUCCUCCAUAAUGGGGCCAACCCCAAUAUCAGGAACAAGAAUGGUCAGACUGCGUUUGAUCUGGUGAAGGACACAGAAAUGAAGCAGAUCCUAGAGGGUAACGUGAUGAAAGGUACUAGACGCUAUGUUCAGAUGUUUGAAGGACCUCUUUGGAAGAGCACACGAUUCUUUCGAUGGCGGUCUUACUGGGUAGUUCUUCAAGAUGGCGUCUUGUCAUGGUACUCAAAGCAGCCAGAUGCGGCUUCCAACGGUCAGAGGCAAGGAUGCAAACCCCUAACUCGAGCCCAGUGUAGUAUUAAAGAAAGCUGCUAUUUUACACUCAAAUGCUUUGAUGAUAGCAUCCAUCAUUUUAAAGUCUCACCAAAGGAUGACCCAGAAGCCGCCAGAAAAAAAUGGCUGGAGGCUAUAGAGGAGCACUCGGCGUUCAGCACUCACUACUGCUCACAGGAGCAGAUCAGUGAGGAAGAUGAGGAUGAGCGGAUGUCUUUGUGCGAACUAACUGACUCAUUGCAGCGAGCUGAGACGUGUCACAGGAAGCUGGAGACAGAGGUGUUGGCCCUCCUUGCAAUGGUGAAAGACGAUGGACUCACUGAACGCCUCCCUGCUCCUUUUGUACAGAAACUGCGAGAAAUGUGUGAAGCUUCCAGCGAGACCUGCUCAGCUUUCCGCCACUGUCUGGACCUCUUCUCCAAACAGGAGGGGGUGCACAAUCUGAAACUGGAGCAGGAAGUGGAGAAGAACAAGAUUCUGGCAGAGGCUCUCCAGGCUCUGGCCACGGAGCACCAUGAUCUGGAACAGUCUGUGGUGCGAGGUUCCUCCCCGCGCAGUGCUGUGGUGAGCGAAGAUGACUUCUACGACGCACUGUCUGAUUCAGACACAGAGUGUUCCCUGAGCGGCCUGGAGUUCAGCUGCUCGUUGCCGGACGGGCGCAAGGGCAGUGACGGCCUGUACUGCAGUGCGCGCAGUUGCCUUGCAGGGAGGAUGUCCCAGGAGGACCGCCGAGGGGAUGAAGAGGAGGAGGAGGAGAAGGAGGAGUCCAGAGUCAAUGGAGUCAAGAAGCACAGAACAAGUUUACCAGCCCAAAUGUUUUCCAGAAAUGACUUCAGCAUCUGGAGUAUACUAAGGAAAUGCAUCGGAAUGGAGCUGUCUAAGAUCACCAUGCCAGUUAUCUUCAAUGAGCCACUGAGUUUCUUACAGAGACUCACAGAAUACAUGGAACAUACCCAUCUCAUUCACCAAGCUAAUGUCUCCACAGACUCCACAGAAAGAAUGAAGUGCGUGGCAGCAUUCACAGUGUCCGCAGUAGCAUCUCAGUGGGAGAGGACUGGUAAACCUUUUAACCCAUUGCUGGGAGAGACCUAUGAACUGGUCAGAGAGGAUCUGGGAUUCCGUUUGGCAUCAGAGCAGGUGAGCCACCAUCCUCCUGUUAGUGCUUUCCAUGCUGAGGGCCUGCAGAAGGACUUUGUUUUCCAUGGUUCCAUCUACCCAAAGCUGAAGUUCUGGGGCAAAAGUGUGGAGGCCGAGCCAAAGGGCAUUAUGACCCUGGAGCUGCCCAAGUAUAAUGAGGCCUACACCUGGACAAACCCAACGUGUUGCGUUCACAACAUUAUUGUGGGGCAGCUGUGGAUCGAGCAGUAUGGCAAUGUGGAGGUGAUUAACCACAGGACUGGUGAGAAGUGCUUCCUCACCUUCAAGCCCUGUGGGCUUUUUGGAAAGGAACUGCACAAGGUGGAAGGCUACAUCACAGACAAAAGCAAAAAGAAAGUGUGCAUGCUGUAUGGCAAGUGGACGGAGUGCAUGUAUGCGGUGGAUCCGGCGACAUUUGAGGUGCACAAGAAGAACGAGAAGAAGGUAGCAGAGGAGAAGAAAAGCAGCAAACAGGGGACCAGUGUGGAUGCUGAGGAGAGCCCACAGCCAGGAAGUGACUCUCUGGAUGUGAUUCCUGGAAGCCAGUUGCUGUGGAGGAUCUCCCCAAGACCUGCCAACUCUGCUCAGAUGUACAGUUUCACUUCGUUUGCGAUGCAGCUGAAUGAGCUGGAUGAAGAGACAGAGGCUGUGAUCCCCAAAACCGACUGUAGACUGAGACCAGACAUCCGCGCAAUGGAGAACGGAGACAUUGACAUGGCAAGUGAGGAGAAGAAGCGUCUAGAGGAGAAGCAAAGAGCAGCACGGAAGGGCCGCUCCAAGCCAGAAGAGGAGUGUAAAACAAGAAACUUCAGCCCCAGGUGGUUUCAACAGGGCUCAAACCCAUAUACUGACGGUCCAGACUGGCUGUUCUCCACUGCAUACUGGAAUCGGGAUUAUUCCCAAGUGCCCGAUAUUUACUGAUCACAUUCUAUUAACUUCGGACUAAGAUUUGGGAUCCAUGGGCAAUGUCUAUGGUGGACUUGAUCCGUUCUCUUGGAAGCUGUCUCUGGGAGAGGUGCAGCCUUGAAUUCCUUAUUUAAUGAUUCCUUAUUUAAUGAUUUGUUAUUUUUUCAUUCAGUUUCAUCAUGUGUAGUAUAUAUGGCAGCAAUGUAUGUAGAUGAGGAGAGAUGGUUACCACUUUGUAUAUACUAACAUCAAUAUUAAAUUAUUUUGUUGUUUGUGAUGGCAAUUUACAACAAGCAGGAUUCUGAUGAGAAAAGACUUUCUCUACUUUAAAAUAUAUAACAAGAUCAUUCUUUUCUAAACAUACAGGGCAGGUUUUCCAGACACGGAAACUUGGCCUAGUCUCAAAUUAAAUUUCAGUGCCAGUAGUAAAUCACCACUGGAAAUUCUUUUUAGCCUAGUCUUCGGUUUAAUCUGAAAUUUGGGAAACUGAUUCAUAAUGUUGAAUCAGAAAGUUUCAGAGAAACACUAUUCGUUCUGAACCAUGUACGAUGUACUAUGUACCAAGCCUGGUAAUAGAGGAUAUCAGUUCUUGAUGCUGCUGUUUAUUUCAGAGUCUUUUAAUUUUUUCUGAAAGGCCCUAAUAGUUUAAGAAGUCUUAUACUGUGUUUUAAAGAUAUCCUUACUGUAGAAGUGUUGAUUUGCAAAUUCCUUUUUAAAAAAAAAAAUCAUUUUAGAUUGAUGUGGACUAAAUAGGGACUCGUGCUAGUCAUAUGUUUUCACAAGUAGUAACAUAUGUUGUUUGUGUGAGUGUAUGAUUUAAAGAUAUUUACAAUCUACAAUCUAUAUUUGUUUAGCACCAACUGCCUCUGGCAGUUAAAGCAGGUGUAAAGUUUGGCAUGUUCCUUCAUAAGUGCUUAAUACAACCUGUUUUAUUCCAUGUUCAUUUGGAUUUGAGUUAGUGCAUGUCUGUUUUAUAGUAUUACUUAAAUAUGUAAAUUAUUCAUUGGAAUUACUUGUGUAUAUAUAGCAGAAUGCAUAUCUACAUUUACAUCACUGCUAAAUAAAACCCUUAACAGAAA